AUGACAAGCUUGAGCACUCUAGACGCGUCUUCCAACCCUGCAGUAGCAUCCGAUGAUAUAGAAGAUUAUUCCCCCAAAGUCGAUGGCAGCCAGAAUCCUACGCUAGCUCUAGGUCAAUACUACUCCCGCAAUGAAGAGCAGCCAUUAUUCUUCGCCGACAGCGAUGAUGAAGACAUUAUGAACUCGGCUCCCGCUCAGGCCCCAAUUCUCAACAACGCUUUACCUGAAGAUGCAGUAGUAGAUUUAUCCGAAGACAUCGACUUGCUGCAAUCCGACGACGUUCCCAGAGCCUCAAGUGUGUCUAGCGUGUCUUCAGUGCCCGAUCGCCUAUCCUCUUCGCCUGCUCCAUCUGUGAACUCUGAUCGUCCUCCAACAAAGAGGCGAAAAAUCUUGGCUUCUGAGCGGGAGUCCUUCGCUGUUGAGUUUACAUCUUCCUAUCUAGGCUCGUUCCCCGUAGGAAACGCGUGGAGCACUGUGCGUGGGUCAGGCUACAUCAAAUCAGGAGAUGAAAUACGUCUCGAGCGUGAUGCCUUUGAAGAUGUGAAAACUGACCGUACGAAGAACUCUAAAGGAAAGGGUGCUAAAGGCAAAGGGGGUAAGAAACAGCUAUCCAUAGCCACCAUGCUUAAACCGCAACCUACGAAAUUCGCUCUGUCUUUGACUCAUUUUAAUAAGGUGGUUGCAGAGUUCGGUCGACUACCGCAGGAAGUAGCGUCAUGGGUUUCCAACCUGCUCGACCUAGAUAUCGUCGACUUCCGAGGCAGCACGAUGAUCGACUGUCCAAAUACCCUUCACUCCGGAGCCGAUUUAAUCGUGUCACUUUCUGUGUACAUUAAAUCGACUGCAUUUCAGCCUACAAAUCCAUCUUCAGAAGAAAGAGCGCGUGUUAUGUUUGAUGAAGGCCAAGAAACAACCACGGAACAACUCUUGCGCGAACGAAAACAGGCAUUGCUCAACUUGUUUGAUGUCCUCGGUCUGAAACCUAGAAGAGGAAGUAGCUUUGCACGCAAACCGUACACAAACCUAGACCAUAGGGAUUUGGAAGUGCUCACACAAAGACAACAUCCGCUCAAAGGCAAGAAAUCUGUUAAGGUAGAAAUAGUCGGCGACGGCGAGGAAGUCGAGGUUGAAGCGGAUGGUGAGGACCUCUCGGAUAAUGAGCUCAAUCUCAUAUACAAAAGGGCGCAGCAGAAUGACCAGCAACUUGAUGUAAUGGAACCGGCUACAACAUUUACGCUCAAGCUCAGAGGCUAUCAGAAGCAAGCACUGCUUCGAGACGGGAGCCAUGUCCGCAAGAGAAGCAAGCUCAAUGCACCCUCUUUGGAAAGAGUAGAGCCCUUUUCCUUACGCCUUCCGGCCGAGACUAACGAUGUUUGUAGAUUUAUCUUUCCUCCAGAACCGGCCGACGGCGUUAUUGAUUUAACAGCCGACGAAAGAGCAUUCUACUUCAAUGAGUAUUCUGGCGAACUCAGCUUAGAAUUCCCUAGAGCAGAAAGAAAAUGUCGAGGUGGUAUCUUAGCGUACGUGUUAUUCCAAAUCGCGACAUCCCCUUCAACUGAAAUACCCCCAGAGAUGAAAGUAUUGGGUAUGGGAAAAACUAUUAUGCUCUCAGCUCUCAUACAAUCCGCAAGAGGUCCGGAGGAACCUACAGCUGAUAUUGUAUCAGGCACGGUGUCCAAGAAGCGCCAGUUGAGGCUGAACAAUGCGUUCCGCUCGGUUGACAAUUCACGUAUACAAUCAUUAAGAGGACCGAGCGCUACGCUCAUUGUUGCACCUACCUCACUGCUUUCCCAAUGGGCGGACGAGCUUUUGAGAUCCAGUCAGGCUAAUACUCUGAAAGUCCUGGUAUGGCACAGCCAGAACCGAGUUGACCUCGAGGGUGCUCUUAAUAGUGAUGAUCCCGUUGACGUUGUCAUCACGUCUUACGGUACUCUUGUAUCGGAGCAUUCUAAAUUAGAGAAGCCGAAUGGAUCAUCCUCCGUCUAUGAAGGUGAGCCAUCAUCAAACAGUAUGAAUAUCUCUAUCAAUAUUCCCACUCUACUGGAUAUAGUUGAAUGGCUCCGCGUGGUUUUGGACGAAGCUCAUUCCUGUAAAUCGCGGCAAAGCAAAACUGCACGGGCUGUAUGUGCGUUAAAAUCACGGCGACGAUGGGCGGUCACCGGAACCCCGAUUGUCAAUCGGCUCGAAGAUCUAUACUCAUUGCUAAAAUUCCUUAAUUUCACGCCCUGGUCAAAUUACACAUUUUUUCGCUCAUUCAUUACACUCCCCUUCCUGGCGCGAGAUCCCAAGGCCGUUGAGGUCGUGCAGAUCAUCCUAGAAAGCGUGCUGCUUAGACGCACCAAGGACAUGCGCGAUACGGACGGUAAGAUGAUUGUUGAGCUCCCUCCGAAAGAGGUCGUUAUAGACAGCCUAGAAUUUUCACCUCUCGAAAGACGUAUCUAUGACUCCCUAUAUACAGACGCCAAGAAGGAUUUCGAGCGUUUGAAUGAGAAAGGUCUUGUGAGCAGAAAUUACACUCACAUUCUUGCGAUGCUCAUGAGGUUACGGCGAGCCGUGUUGCAUCCUAGUCUGGUGCUCUCAAGCGAAGAGGAGCCCAGGAGCAAGAAUGCAGGCGACGGUGUCGUAGAUGUGAACACGUUGAUCAGACAGUUUGGUGAAGUCGGCGAUAAUCCUGCAGCUGAUACCAAGGUAUUUGCAGAGGGGGUACUUGCCAAUCUUGGCGGAAAAGAAGAGCGUGAAUGUCCGAUCUGCCUUGACGUGAUGGAGUCGCCUACUAUCCUACCUAACUCUGCAAGGACUGUAUUGUCGCGUUUAUCGAUGCCUGCAAAGAGAAAGGGGAACAUGGCAGGUGCCCCACAUGCAGUAAAGGGCCAGUCGAAGUUGGAGAGCGAGCUUCUCGAGAUUAUGCACACUGAACAGGACACCAACAGCCGGACUAGCGAGGCAAACAACUCGCGACCUGCUGUAACACUGCGCCGCAAUGAUUUCCGUUCAUCCACGAAGCUGGAGGCACUUUUGCAGCAUCUUAAGCGAUUGAAAGCUCAAGACCCCAGCUUCCGAGCAGUUGUAUUUUCUCAGUUUACGAGCUUCCUAGACCUAAUUCAGGUUGUCCUUGAACGAGAGCGUAUGGAGUGGUUCAGGUUUGACGGCUCCAUGGACGUCAAAAAGAGAAGAGAAGCAAUAUCUGAGUUUAAGACACCGUCGCAGGAGCCUAAGGUCUUAAUUAUCAGUUUAAAGGCUGGUGGAGUUGGCUUGAAUCUCACGAACGCCAACUAUGUCUUUAUGAUGGACUGCUGGUGGAACGCAGCUACAGAAAAUCAAGCUAUUGACCGUGUGCAUAGAAUCGGGCAAGAGAAGCCUGUAUACGUUCGGCAUUUCAUUGUUUCCGGCACAAUUGAAGGGCGCAUUCUGCAGAUCCAAAAGAGGAAGACGGCAAUUGUGAAGGAGGCAUUCCGGGGUAAGGGAGAGGGGGAUCCAGAGAGUUUGGAGAACCUCCAAAUCAUGUUUGGUGAUGAAUAG